GGCAAGCUGAAUUGGGACUGUCCCUGCUUAGGAGGCAUGGCUUAUGGACCGUGCGGAGAGCAGUUCAAAAAGUCGUUCUCGUGCUUCGUCUUCUCCGAGACAGAACCGAAAGGCAAAGACUGCAUCGAGUCGUUCAUCGAGAUGCAAGCUUGCUUCCUCGAACAUCCAGAGGUGUAUGCUGAAGAGUUGAAGGAUGAAGAGUGGGAUGAGGCGCAGGAAGCGAGCGGGGCUACGGGUGCGGGUGCGGGUGCGGCCCUAGACGAUGACUCCGGAACGCCCGAGGCAGCUUCGGCUACGGCAUAA